UCACGUUCCCGUUUCUGUGGAUUUAUUUUCUUUUUAGGAAAAAUAAAAUCACCCAAAAAAUAAAUCACAAUGGAAAACGACGCUGGAGAUUUUGUUGACUUGUAUUGCCCACGAAAAUGCUCGGCCAGCAACCGCAUCAUCCAUGCCAAGGAUCAUGCUUCCAUUCAGAUAAAUCUCGUGGAUGUUGACCCCAAGACUGGCCGCAUGCUGGACACCACCAAGACGUACGCAAUCUGCGGGGCAAUUAGGAGAAUGGGAGAGUCAGAUGAUUGUAUCGCCCGAUUGGCCAAGAAGGAUGGUAUCCUCUCCAAGGCAUAUUAAGAUUUUUUUGCUGCCCAUGGAAGCAAUUUGAAUAAAUCUUAAGACCUUAAAA